CGCUCGCCCCACUCGCGCCCCUUGUCCUCUCGUUUCACAUAGACUAUCUACACGUACCCCUCGCCUCGCCCACGACGAUAAUCACUACCAUGCCUUUCACGCCCGACGCCCAGCUCGACCUCGCCUUCUCCGCCGAACUCAUCCCGUCCGAGGUCUCCAAGCAGCUCCCCGCAGAACUCCACCUGCGCCCGCUCGCGUCCACAGACUACCGCCGCGGGCACCUCGACGUGCUCCGCGUCCUGACCGUCGUCACCGACCCGGGCGAAGAGGCCUGGCGCGCGCAGUUCGAGGCGCUGCGCGCCGCGCCGCGCACAUACUAUCCCAUCGUGAUCAUUGACCGCCCGUCGGACCGCAUCGUGGGCGUCGGCUGCGUGUUCAUCGAGCGCAAGUUCCUGCGUGGGCUCGGCUGCGUCGGCCACAUCGAGGACAUCGCCGUCGACAAGAGCCAGCAGGGCAAGAAGCUCGGCCUGCGCAUCAUCCACGCGCUCACCGCUAUCAGCGAGAACAGCGGCUGCUACAAGACGAUCCUCAACUGCAGCGAUAGCAACAUACCUUUCUACGAGAAGUGCGGGUUCCAGAAGAAGGAGAACGAGAUGGCGAAGUACGCCCCCACCGAGCGCGCGCAAACGCCGCGCCUGUAGACAGACCCGGAUACCUCACGGACUUACGCACACGGAACCUAGACGGGCUUUCCUCCCUGGACGCACGGACUGCAUAUAUGUAUGCUCGUAGUAUAUUGUACCAUUCUCGC